ACAAUGCAACUCAAUUCUAUAACCAUAUGAGAUCAUGUUUAUCCCAGGUUCUUAACUGGUUUCUUAAGGAAAAUAAGUGAUUUAAUUAAUUCAGAAGUAAUUAUAAUGUUAGUUACCGAUCCUUAAGUGAGAUUUUUGGGAAUCGAUUUUAAUGGGGGUGUUUGGUACACGUGUCAGCGAGGAAAGGCAACAAGAUUUUUAUUUUUUAUUUUUAUUUUUUUCAUUCUUUUCUUUUCACGCGUUUGGUGUUCCUCGUCUUCUCCGUCUCUCGACGAUCGAAAGUCAAAACCCACCAUGUCUGCUCUCGCUUCUCCGUCUGAGACGAUUGACGACUUUGUCGGUCAUCACGGCGUCUCCUCCGUGUUCUCCGUCAGACGAAACCCUAAACCAAUCAUGGAAGCCGAGAGAGACUCUGUCGGGAAGUCACGUCGUCUCCUCCAUCUUCUCUCCGUCAGAAAUUGGGCUUUUUCUCUGUUUUGCUUUGAUUCAGGUAAAGGGCCUUACAACGGAAGAGCUUGCUGCUAGAAACGAUUUGGUACUUGCGCUUCCGGCUAGGAUUGAAGCUAUACCUGAUGGGACUGCGGGUGGUCCUAAAAGCACUAGUGCGUGGGCUCCUUCUACAACGUCUCGUCCUGAUAUCAAAUUUGAUUCAGAAUCACAUGAGUCCAGCCAGUUCAGACAGGAGUUUGAGAUGCGGAAAAUUAAACAGGCAGGUUUAGAUGCUUUGAAGAACAUGGCAUCUGAUAUGAAUGAGGAGCUGGACCGUCAAGUUUCUCUGAUGGAUGAAAUCGACUCAAAGGUAGUCAAUAUGGCCAGUCAAUUCAGAGCGUAAGUGGAAAGCAGGUAGUGGACUUGGGAGUGGAAGUGUUGUUUGAUCACAGACUGAAAUUUUGCAUGUUUGAUUGACAGAGGUGAGAUAGUGGAAGUGUUGUUUGAUCACAGACUGAAAUUUUGCAUGUUUGAUUGACAGAGGUGAGAUAGCGUGUUUGAUUGAUUGUGUAAUGUAUUGUAGUGUUUUGUAUUUUUAUGUGUCACGGACUAGAAAGUCUCGUGUGUCUCUUUGUAUUUUUAUGUGUAACAGAUUUGGUAAUAAAAUAUCAGCUGCCCUUAUAAAGGCUUGUGUGUCA